ACAGUCUAAACUGAUUGCUAUCCGGAUCUCGGAGGAAGGCAGCGACCUUUCUCCCUUUUUUUCAUAAUCCCUCUUUGAUUCCCUUGAAAAAGAAUUAUCAAUAGAAAACGGGAAAUUGUACAAGAACUGCGAGAAACUUCCGGCUAACAUUUGAAACCGCGCGGAUUCUUCGGCUAAAUUUAAAAUUCGGGUAAGCGGUGGCCGAGGACGAAAGUGUGUGUAAUUAUGUGUUAGUGAGAAUCGGCAAAGAAGAUAUAGCAACAAGGCACAAUAAAAAAAAAUAUUAAUCGCAAUGACCAACAGCAUGAAGCAAACGGUUAUCAAAAAUCCGACAUGGUGGAAGAGGCGGUCCGGUUUGGAACGCGGGUUAACGGUGAUAGCCGUUUCCGGAUUCCUCUUAUGCGUCGCUUUGGCUGUGGCGCUCGGAAUUUUGGCGUCCAACACGACAUGCAACACUACAUCCACACCCGAUCCUGUUAAUACAGAGAUGCUACCAUCCACAGCCGAAGCAUUAAGCGGCUCGGGAACGUCAAACAGCAACCAUGUCAUACCGAAAAGCCCAGAAUGUGACGGUAUAUGCUUAACACCUGGAUGCGUUACCACAGCCUCACAGAUACUGAAAUAUAUGGAUAGCAACGUGGAGCCGUGCGAUGAUUUUUACAAAUUCGCCUGCGGCGGUUUCCUCGAUUCUACUAUCAUUCCCGAUGACAAAACCAGCGUAAAUGCGUUUUCCGUCAUCGUCGAUGCCCUCUUGGAACAACUACGGACUAGCAUCGAGGAAGAGAGUCCUCCAAAUGAGCCGAGACCAUUUAGACUUGCCAAAGACUUCUACAAGGCUUGCAUGAACCAAACCGCUAUCGAGGAGCGAGGCUUGCAACCAUUGUUAGAUAAUCUCAGAAAACUCGGUGGCUGGCCAGUUCUAGAUGCCGAGCGGUGGAAUGACGGUGACUUCACUUGGAAAGAUACCGUCUACAGAUUCCGCAGAUUGGGCUAUUCCGUCGAUUACUUCAUCGAUUUCGGCGUCAGUGUCGACUUGAAGAAUAACUCGAGGCGCUUGAUCGACCUUGAUCAAGCAGCUCUUGGUCUGUCGCGCGAAUAUUUGUCGAAGGGCUUCGACGAGAAAAUCGUUCAGGCAUAUUAUAAAUACAUGGUGGACAUUGCUGUGAUCCUUGGAGCUGAUCCGGACCGAGCUCGCAGAGAGUUGAAAGAAUCACUUGAAUUUGAAAUUAAACUCGCAAAUAUCUCGCUGCCUAAUGAAAAGCGACGCAAUGUAACUCUUCUCUACAAUCCCAUGACUGUGAAUGAGCUGUCCGCUGCUUAUCCUAGCAUACCAUGGUGGGAAUACUUCAAUACAAUCCUCGCGCCGCAAGCGCAACUAAGUCCGGACGAAAUAGUUAUCGUGAACGUGCCCAGCUAUCUAAAAGACUUUGAACAACUGAUCAGCAAGACGCCGAAGAGGGUGCAGGCGAAUUAUGUAUUUUGGAGGGCGGCCGCCGCGUCGGUCAGCUAUUUAACGGACGAUAUCCGAAAAAGGCAGCUGAAGUAUACGCUGGAAUUAAACGGCAAGACGGAGAGAGAACCGAGGUGGAAAGAAUGCGUGGAAAUUGUUUCUGGCAGUAUGGCGAUCAGCGUCGGUUCGAUGUACGUGAGAAAGUAUUUUAAGGAGGAUGCGAAAAAGACCGCUCUCGAAAUGGUCAGUGAUAUUAGAGAGGAAUUCACAAAGAUCCUGAAGAAGGUGGAAUGGAUGGAUGAGAAAACCAGAGCAAACGCCUUAGAAAAAGCAGCUGAUAUGACAUCACAUAUUGCUUAUCCAGAUGAGCUACUGGAUGAUAGAAAGCUUGAUGAGUUUUACGAUGGACUCGAAUUAAAUUCUACUGAUUAUUUAGGAAGCAUUUUAAACCUGACUAUCUUCGGAACGAAUUUCUCAUUCGGUAGAUUGAGAAAGCCAGUGAACAAAACGGAAUGGAUUACUCAUGGAAGACCGGCUGUUGUUAAUGCAUUUUACUCAUCGAUCGAGAAUAGUAUUCAAUUCCCCGCGGGUAUCUUACAAGGCACAUUCUUCAGUAAUGAUCGACCGCGUUACAUGAACUACGGCGCUAUCGGCUUUGUUAUUGGCCAUGAGAUUACCCACGGCUUCGACGAUCAAGGCAGACAGUUCAAUAAGGAAGGUAAUCUCGUAGAUUGGUGGGAGCCAGAGACAAAAGAGCACUAUCUUAAGAGAGCUGAAUGUAUAAUUUAUCAGUAUGGAAAUUAUACUGUGAAAGACGUCGGAAUGAACUUAAACGGAAUAAAUACCCAAGGAGAAAACAUCGCCGAUAACGGCGGUAUAAAAGAGGCAUAUUACGCGUACAAGGAAUGGGUAAAACGAAACAAACCGGAACAAAGAUUACCAGGUUUGCCUUAUAAUCCGGAACAGAUGUUUUGGAUAAGUGCCGCCAAUAGUUGGUGCAGCAAAUACCGUCCCGAAGCGAUGAAGCUGCGUAUCACGACGGGAUUCCACAGCCCCGGCGAAUUCCGCGUACGGGGACCAUUGUCAAAUAUGGAGGAAUUUUCGCGUGACUUUAAUUGUCCGGUCGGCUCUAAAAUGAAUCCCAAGAAGAAAUGCGCCGUAUGGUAGAUUUCAUAAAUAUCAGCAAGAAAUGAUUGGCUCCGUUGUAAUAUGUAAAAAUCUAACAAGGCACUCUCCACGAUAAAAUCCACGGAGAUUGAUGCAUCGUGCAUUUUUAAAUGCGCAGGAUAAAUAUUAUGAAUCAUUUUUGGUAAACAAUUUUUAUAAUAAGUAAGAAAUACGUGUCACGAUGCACGUAUGUAAAUAGAGAGAAAAUGGAAUAUAUAAUGAUGGAUUUGAAAGUUAAUUAGAAAGUUAAUUUACUUGUAUGAAGUUACAUAUAUUCGUCUAAUUGUCUUUGAUGUAUAAAGCAUAAGAUUUCUGUGUUAUAAACGAUAAUGUAAAAAAUUUUUAAUCGUUUCAUAUAAUGGAAUAAUUCGCACAGCAUUAUGUUAAAUUGUUAAACAUGUUUUAUUCUUUUAAUUUUUUUGUUGAGAAUUUUCAUAGUUUGUAUAAAAAAAUGUUGGCAGCUUCAUUAAGAAAAGAAGCUUUUUAUUUGUUUUUUUAUUGUUGGCAAACUUUGUUAAGAUCUUGCUCCCUAGAAUAAAUUUCAAAGUAUUCCCUUAACAUAUAGAUGAAUAAUAAUAGUAUACACUAUAUAGAGUAUGAUCUGUAAAAUCAAUCAUAUUGGAAAAGAUUUAAGAUUUUUCUUGAUUAAUUUGUUAUAUAUCUUUUUAUGAGAAUUUUAAUAGAAUACAGAUAAUUUUUCAUAACUUUUACGUUGAGUAUUAUUUAAUAGUAUUAUCGAGUAGAGCAAUUAUAAAGAAACUGCAAAUUAAUAAAUAUGCAUUUGCAAAAAAGAGCGCUUUACCCCAAGAAAUAAUGCCAUAGACGCGAUUUUUGAUAUGUUAAAGUUCUAAUUACAUUAUAGUCUCUAAUUAAAUUGCAUAGCACAUCGAAUAUUUCUUCUCUAAGAUUUUGCGAAUAAAAGAGUGCCAAAACAAACAUUUUUUUUAAAUCUUUGAUGAUAUUUUUCGCACGAAUUAGAUGUGCUAGUUAAAUUAGAAUGCAAAUAAAAUUAUAGAAAAUGAAUAUUUUUUUAAUCAAUACAUUCGUGAAUUUAUAAGAAAUAUUUUACUAAGUUAAAUAUAUAAAUCACACUUCCUAUCAGUGAGUAAAUAUCCAAUAAGCUCCGUUCUUCCUUAAAAAAUUCGCUUUUUUAGAAAAAGCUCAUUUUUUUAUAUAUGUGUAGAGGAAAGACACCAAAAAAGACACCGACAUACUAAUUUUGUACAUCUCUAGUUCUUUAGAGCUGAAAGUUUAGAAUAAAAAUUCACGUUCACAAUUUACUAUUUACUAAAGAUGACUUUUUGUCAGAGUUCUUACAAUCUUUUAAAUAUUUUUUAAAAUAUUUUAACAAAUAAUUCUUUUUAAGAACGAAAUUAAAAGCUGAAAAAUUGAUUUCUAAAAUACAAAAAUGAUAAAAAUAUGAUAAAAAUAAUUAAAAUUAUGUUAAAACACAAGUAAGUUAAAUUAAAUAAGUUUUAUUAUAGAUAGCAUAUAUCAUAUCUUUAAUAAUAAAGUAACUAAGCUAUUUUAGAUAAAAUGUGGAUCUCAUAUUACAAACAACAAAUUAAUUUUCCAAAACAAAUUAAACAUAAUUAAAAAUUAAAAUCAAAUUUUUUUCUUUCCGCGUUUUUAUUCUUAAAUUAUAAUUUGAAGAUAUUUUACAUCAUAAUGCAAAAUAACGUUAACAAAAUUUAUAUAAUUAUAUUUUUGAAUUAUUAAACACACAAAUAUCACCAUUAUUGAUCCUUGAUUUUCUCUUAGCCACAUUUGUAUAUUAUAUAUAUUUGUAUAUUAUAUAUAUUUGUAUGUUGUAUCGACGUUGUAAUUAAAUUUCGAUAAUUUAAUGCGAAAAGUUUUAAUUUUUGUUUAUUAGACACAUUUGAGUAACCAUUAGUCAUAGAAUUACCGAAGUACUUAAAGCAACCUAUUAAUAAGUCAUAGAUACGUAACUGUAAUCGUUGAAUCACGAUUGCUUUUCAGUAUAUUACUUUUUGCAUCCGUAUGCGUUACAUAUAGUAUUUUUAUUUGCGUUACAUCCUGCCUGUCUUAAAUGCAUUUUCUAGUUUCAAUAUUUAUUACGAUGGCCAUUUUCACCGAGUACAAUAAGUUUAAGUAAAUAAAAUAUGACAUAUAUAUAUAUAUAUAUAUAUAUAUAUAUAUAUAUAUAAUCAUAUAUAUCUUACAAGAUAUUUGUUGAAUAUAUAUAAAAGUUUAAUACAAAAAUAUUUUGUGUAAAUAUCAAAUUGUAUUUUACACACUUUUCAAAAAAUUAUUUGUACUGUUUUUUCCGGAAUAUAGUAUUAAUGAAAUUUUACGCAAGCAAUUUUCUAAUUCGUUGUGCACGCACAACGCAAAGAUGAAAAAUAAAUAAAUACUUAACGCUAUCACUUA